AACGGAAGACAAGACCUUAACCUAAGAGACAAGAGGAACAUAUGUGUAUCUGCUAUGCGUUGCCUUCCUGUUGAGUAGCCAGCCACCGUCAGCAACAAAGACAAGCGUCAUGUCUGAGCAUCCACAUAAAGCGACAAGCUCAAAUUCGGAUAAAGAUUGCAACCCACUGUGUUUACAACGUGAAAGUUUUAACAACAACAACUUGAACGAGAAACCUUGGUGUGAGAACCACGUCGGUAGCCCUAGUUAUAGCAGCACCAUUAAAGAUGAUGAGGCAUACAGAAAACAGCUUUGUCUCCCAGGUAGUAAGGUAGCACCUGACAUGACUAGUCGUGUGGAGGAACCAAAGGGACCUUGCUGCAAAAAGAUAAAGAUUCACCUAGAUACAACUGACUGCUUGAAGUACAGCAAAUCUCCAACAGGUGUUGCAGCAUUGACUACACCAUUAGCAGUUGUUCGGAGUUCGCGAGACCCGCAUCAGGGUCUCAGGCCUAGAUAUGUGAAAGAGAGCACAGAGUGUAGGCUUAAUGAAUUUGUAUCCAGUAAGAAACUUUAUACUGGAAACAUGCCUUCACCUACUUGCUCCUUUGAGAGUAAAGAGAGAUCACCUGCCAAAAAAAAAAACACUCCUAGCCCCAAGCGUUGCUCUAAGUGUAGACCCACUCAGAUGAACCUCAUAACCAAUUAUUUCUCAAGUGAAAAUUGCCAGAAAGAAACUAGCCAAACUGCAUUAAGUGACAUGGAAAUGACAAACAGUCAAAGCAACCCCAGUGGCAGUGAAGAGAGAGCUUGGACACCAGAGCUUUCCACACAGGAGAUGUCACCAUCUACGUCACAGAGCAGUCAGCGAACACCAUCAAAAAUGUUUUCACCUCUAAAAAAGUUUUUGCAUUGGAAGAAGAAGUAUUUUCAGCUAUCAAAAAGCUAUGGUUCUGUACGUAGUGAGAUGAUUGAACUCCUAAUGGAAAAUGGAAUGGCAGAGAAAAAUGACUUUCUCACAGGGUUAAUAAGACACAUGAUGAACCACAAGCAGUUGAACUCUGAUAGACUUCUGGAAUGCCUUCAGAAAACCCCAAAAUACCAUUGGGCCAUUGCCUUGAUGAAUGAGAGAUUCAUGGAUUGUUUCCUAUUUGGAGAACCCCAUCCUGCAUGUGUGUUGGCUAUUCUUGUGGUCAUCGCAAAGUCUGUGAAGGAUGUGUCCAAUCUCUUGACCAGUUUACUCAGCAUACAGUCUAAGUGCUCAUCCAUUAUGAUUCUGGAAGCAUUAUACUGCCUGGCAACAUUUUUUUUGGCAUUCAAGUUACGAGUACGCAAUGGGAUUUUUAAUGGAAUGCACUACAGGCUGUAUUGUGCGCUAUACUUAUUCGAGAACUCAGCAGGGAACCAAGGCAAUGUCCAGUCUUCGCUGAGAAGAAAUUUGAAGGAACAGCAUCUUCGAUUAGGAGAUUCAAAUUUGUGCCUCACAAACGAACAGCUACGAAUUUGCAACUAUGAAAUCAGGCAUGGAGAAGUUGUUAAAAUUGUAGCUUUUGCAGGAACAGGGAAGACUUCCACCCUACUGGCACUUACACAGAUCAGACCCAGCAUGAGGUUUCUCUUGGUUGUCUUCAACAAGGCCAUGAGGUUUCAUGCUGCCAAGAAAUUUCCCCCCAAUGUCUGUUGUAAAACUGGGCAUUCCUUAGCUUAUGAAACAGUAGGACGAAGAUAUAACACAGCUAAGAAGCUUGGAGGUGAUAUGAAAGUGUAUGAGGUUGCUCAGAUCUUACCGCCAAGAAAGGGAGAGAACUUGUACAUUCGCUCUAAGCAUGUCCUGAAGACUGUAAGGACUUUCCUGGCAUCUGCUGAUGAGUACAUCACCAUUGAUCACACCCCAGCUGAUAUGCUAUCAGAACAGGGAUUAAAGACACCCAUUAGCCCACAUCUUAGGAAGAAUUAUGUUGUGGAUGCUCAAUUUCUGUGGAACAAGAUGAAGGAUAUCAAAUGCUCUGAGGUGAAGAUUUCACACGACGGGUACCUGAAGCUGUAUCAACUUAGACAUCCCAAGCUGAGAAACUUUGACUGUAUUCUGAUUGAUGAGGCCCAGGAUCUAACACCAGCUGUCGCAGACAUUCUGCUGAGCCAAGAUCAGUGUAAGAUUCUGGUAGGAGAUCCUCACCAGCAGAUCUACUCUUUCCGUGGAGCGGUGAAUGCUCUUGCCUCAGUCCAGGCUUCACGUGUCUUCUACCUUACACAGUCAUUCCGUUUUGGAGCUGAAAUUGCAGGAGUAGCUUCCACUUGCCUAGAAUUUUUAAAGAAUGAAGGAAGAUGCCUUGUAGGAAGUAAUGCACCAGGCUCCGUGUGCAAUGAUGCUGUGGGUCAAAUUUGUAUUAUUAAUCGCAUAAAUUUUGGGUUGUUCUCGGAAGCAGUGAAAAAAUGCUGCUAUUCUGAAAAGGAGCACAAAAUACAUAUAAUCGGGGGCUUUCAAAACUUUGGAUUUUCAAUGAUACAAGAGAUAUAUACCCUAACUCUGUCUGAUCAAGAAAGAAGGAAAGCAGGGAGAACUAUAACUAGCAAGCUUCUCAAACACCUUGGUUCCAUUGAAGCAUUGGAGAAAUAUGCCAAGGAUACAAUGGACCUGGAGCUAAGUGGCAAAGUCAAGAUUGUCCGAUGCUACCAACACAAUUUACCCACAUGUAUUAAUGCCAUUCAGUGGAGACAUGUGUCAGAUGAGGCAAAAGCUGAUUUUAUCUUCACCACCGCACACAAGGCUAAGGGUUUAGAAUUUCCAGCAGUGAGGUUAGGCAUUGACUUCAUAACCUGUCUGACGUCCGUGCAACAACUGAUCGAUGGCUCUAUGCAUUCGUUAUACACCCCUUCUGAGGAUGAGAAGAAUCUUCUGUAUGUAGCAAUUACCAGGGCUCAGAGGGUGCUGCAGGUGUCACCUGCUCUACGAGAUAUCCUUAAAGCUGCUGGGGAAAACUUUGAAUACAUAGCCUUCAGCAAAGAUUUGGAGGCAGCAAAAGAAACCGUUUAUUUGUUCAGAAACAGCGAAGUCGUUUCAGCCAAAUGCUCUCACUUUGAUGGUCAGUGAUCUACAUUUGAGUGAUGGAAGUAAGAUAACUGGUGGAAUGCUUUCCCCAGAAACUGUUCGGCUGGAAAGAGGCAUAUGGGCUGACUUGCUGGGACAGCUCCCUGGGAACAGUGUCAAGGGAGGAGAAGAGGAGAGUUAAAUACU